AUGAGAGAUUCAUCUUCCAAACAUGCAUCCCCACCACCAUCUCCUACUUUUAGGAAGCCAUGGAGGGAAAUACCAUGGGAAGACAAAGACACAGAGCUGCAGUACUUGAGGAAUUACAAACCCCACAGAGACAUCCACCAUCUGAGAAUCCUGCUUCAUGGUCCAGUGGGGGCUGGAAAAUCCAGUUUCAUCAACUCUGUCGACAACGCCCUACGAAGCAGAAUCACAGGCAGACCAUUGGCCGAGGCAAAUGCCAGUGCAAGUUUCACCAAGAAGUAUGAAACCUACAAAAUCAAAAAAGGAAAGCCCGGAGACUUUUACCCUUUUGUCCUCAGUGACACUAUGGGUCUUGAGAUGAAGGAGGACAGAGGAGUCCAUCCAGAGGACAUCAAACUGGCCUUGAAGGGACGUGUGAAAGACGGUUACACGUUCAAUCCUGCAUCUAAACUGUCAUCUGACAGUCUGUAUUACAACGCAGAACCAACUCUAAAUGACAAAGUUCAUGUUCUGGUGUGUGUUGUACCUGCUGACACAGCAGCUCAACUGACUGAGAGCUUUGUGAAGAAGAUAAAGGACAUCAGAGAGACGGCCAGUCACCUGAGAAUUCCCCAGCUGGCCAUCAUCACCAAAAUUGAUUUAGCCUGCCCAGAGAUCCAGGAAGAUCUGAAGAAUGUCUAUAAGAGCAAGUACCUGAAGGAAACAAUGGAGAAAUUCAGUCAGUUGGUGGGAAUUCCAACGAACUACAUCUUUCCUGUGAAGAACUACAGUGAAGAAAUCAACAUAAACGAUGAUGUUGAUUCUCUGAUUCUGAGCGUCCUGAGACAGAUCAUCGACUUUGGAGAAGAGUUCAUCAGCAACAUGGAAACCUAAGUCACUUUCAUUUGGCUUUCAGAGAUGUUCGUGGCAUUAUAGAAACGACA